AGCUGAAGGAACGCGAUUUCCUUCGGAUAUCUAACAGUACCUGCAAUUGGCUGGAAUCGCAAACUAGGACAAGGGGAAGUGACUCAAUCGUUUAACUAGGCUAGGCCUAGGACUGUGUUGUGUUGGUUGAACCUGUGUUACGAAAAGAAAGUAAGUCUCCAGUUUCGAGUCGCUGAAAAGUUGCACAGCCAAGAAUUUGUUCGAAGGGCAUAAUGACGAAACGCUCAUGAUGGACCGACUGUUGUACCGGACUCUCAACCGUGGCUAUGUCAGGCUUGCCAGGCAAUUUCUAUCUUCACGCCAUCUUGGCAAGUCAGUUCAAAGCUUGAAGUGUUCUACCAGAGAACAGAGUGCAUAUACAGCCCAGCUUACUUCUAUUGGCUCUAAGCAUCAAAAUUUGUGCCACAGUUGUCAUUCAUCUUGGCUUGAUGCUUUUAAAGUGCCAGGAACGAAAGAGUUUGCCAGUGCAUUCCGUAGACAGAUCAAAGCUGUGUCAUCAUUAGUCCUUAGGUCAGAGUGGUUCUGGUCUUUGGUCAAAUUGAAAUCUGGAGACUCUUUGAAAGCGGAGCACAUCAACUUAUUUCGUCCCAGCGGAAGGGAUUUUCAGGAGAGAGAUGGAGGUCGGGACAAAGGUGAAGCUGGUAAGGACACGGGCAGGGAACAGGACCAGCCUGGCGAUGAAGAUGGUGAUGAUGAAGCAAGGCGAAAAACGGAGUUUAUGCGUUCUUUGUACACAUUUGUGGCUGUGAUCUUGCUGGCUUGGAUUCUCACUCCAAGCGGUGGCAACCAGGAAAAUUCAUCUGUCAAGUACAUCUCCUGGAGUGAAUUCUAUCAUAACCUCCUUCUCAAGGGAGAGGUCAAGAGCAUCUAUUUAUUGUUUUCUUCUCAAGAGGAAGGGGAAGAUAUUGCAGUAAUUGAAGUCCAUGACGGAGCUGUGAUCAAGGGACAGGUGACUUCAAAAGGUCGUUAUGUGAUCAAGAUCCCAAAGGGUUUCAACUUUGAGGAGCGUGUUAGACAAGUGGAAGAUGAGUUGGAAAUGCCCUUGAAGGACCGGAUACCUAUUAAAUAUGGUUAUCCCAAUUCAUGGGUGAUGGUGAUGAUGCAACUGAUGGUUGUAGUAGUCCUUCUCUUCUUCUUCCGUCAAAUGUUCUCCAUGUUCACCAAGUCAAAGGACGGCAAAGUCACUGACAUGAUGGAUGUAUUAUCAGGUGGCAUGAGACAAGCAAAAUUUACUCGCGUUGACAUUGCUUCUAAAGGCAGCAAAGCUGUUAGUUUCAAGGAUGUUGCAGGACUUAAAGAGGCUAAAAUUGAAGUAAUGGAAUUUGUGGAUUAUCUCACGAAACCGGAGAGAUUCAAGGAGCUGGGAGCAAAGACUCCAAGAGGUGCAUUACUUCUGGGGCCACCUGGCUGUGGCAAGACACUACUGGCCCGAGCGCUGGCCACAGAAGCAAAGGUUCCUUUCUUGGCAAUGGCAGGCUCUGAAUUUGUGGAGAUGAUUGGAGGUGUUGGAGCUGCGAGGGUGAGAAGUCUGUUCAAAGAGGCGCGUAACAAGGCUCCCUGUAUUAUUUAUAUUGAUGAGAUUGAUGCCAUUGGCAGGUCGAGAGGAGGGUCAGCCAGUGCUGGAGGAGAAGAUGAACACACCCUGAAUCAGCUGUUGGUGGAGAUGGAUGGAAUUGGCACACAGGAAGGUGUUAUCAUGCUGGCUGCUACAAACCGUGCAGACAUUCUUGACAAGGCUCUUCUUCGUCCAGGUCGGUUUGAUCGACACAUCAUGAUUGACCUACCCACCUUACAGGAGAGAGAGGAGAUCUUCCAUGUCUAUCUCAAUAAACUGAAGUUGUCGCAGCCUGCAGAAGCUUAUGUCAAGCCUUUAUCGCGCCUCACUCCUGGCAUGAGUGGUGCUGAUAUUAACAACAUUUGCAAUGAGGCAGCCAUCCAUGCCGCCAGAUACAAGAGGACUUCAGUGGAUAAGGAAGACUUCGAGUAUGCAGUGGAGAGGGUUAUUGCAGGCGUGGAGAAGAAAACCAGGCUAUUGUCUCCAACAGAGAAGAAAGUGGUGGCUUACCAUGAAUCAGGCCAUGCUUUGGUGGGCUGGAUGCUGAAGUAUACUGAUGCUUUACUGAGGAUUUCUAUAGUACCCAGAACUAACAGCGCUCUUGGUUUUGCUCAGUACCUGCCUUCAGAUCAAAAGCUGUAUACACAAGAAGAGUUGUUCGAACGUAUGUGCAUGGCGUUAGGAGGCAGAGCAGCUGAGAGUCUCAUAUUCAAUCACGUUUCCACCGGUGCUCAGGAUGAUUUACAGAGGGUGACCAAAAUGGCCUAUGACCAGAUACGCUCCUUUGGCAUGAACCCACGAGUGGGCUACUUGUCAUUCCCGCGGGAUGAGGAGAACUCAGGCAGUAAACCGUACAGUCAGAAACUGGCUUCAACGAUUGAUGAGGAAGCACGAAUGUUGGUUGCCCAAGCAUUUCUUCACACCCAGAAGGUACUUCAGGAGAACAAAGACAAACUGCAUAAGCUUGCCACAACUCUUCUUGAAAAAGAAGUUUUGAACUACGAUGACGUCCAAGCCCUGAUUGGCCCGCCAGUUCACGGAAAGAAACAUGUCAUUGAGGCUCAUGGCUGGGAGGGAAUAAUGCCUGCCUCAAGAAACAGCAGAAGAAAAUCCAAGUCCUGAAUGGAACUUCAACUCACUUAGUCCCCUUGACUGACGAUAAAGCUUAUUUGUGUAAUUGACAUUUGAACUGAGCUAAUCUGAAUUCAAAGAAGCAUUUCUCCACUUUUAGUGUGCAGUGUAAGGCAUUUAUUUUAUACAUGACCAAAGAUGGUUCUCAGUUCAAAUUUCAUACUAGGAAUUGUUGCCAAAUAAGUUACAACUGGUCUAGAACAAGACAUGGCCAUGGCAAAAUGCAUUGUAGUGAGUAUGCUGAAAGUAUUGAUGGCUGGGUUGAGUGGCGGUUGGUUGAUUUGUUGAAAUAUGUGUGAUAUGUCCUUCCUAGAACUGAGGGACUAUAGUUAUGGCUAUAUAAGUCUUCUUGUAACAUUUUCUGUUUAGUCAGCAUUUGUUUAACUUUUUUUCUUAUCAAUAAUGGUAGUGUACCCAUUGAUCUAUUCUGUUUAUGGCACUAAAGAUAGUGUGAGUACAGCAAAAGUAGCCUAGUUUUGAGCAACUUUGCAUGUUGACCCUUGGUGAAAAUUCCCCCUUCCCAUUCUGUUGAGUUCCCCAAAACACCAACUCCAAAGUUUUUGUCUUACCAGUUGAAAUUUCCCUCUACUGUGAUUGAGUCUGAGGCUGUAUUUGUUAAUUGCACUUUGAAGGAACAUGAUGAAAAGAAAUUUAUAGCAAUAAUUUUCUAUUUUAUAACGAAGCACUAUCCCAUUUUGUACUUUGUAGGCAAACAUCAUUUCUGCGGUAAAAAAAAAAAAUUGAAUGAGCUAGUACAUAAUGAUGGAAAAGUCUCGACAAAAAGAAGUAGUAAUAUCAAGGUUGGGAGGGAAUGUCUCGAUACAAAUUUUUUUGUUUUGACAUGCAGUGUAACUCUAUAAGUAAAUGCAAUAAUACAGUGUACAUUUGCUGCUCAGAAACUGAAAAUGAUAAAAGCGAGAUUGUAUUUUCCUCUUUUGAUUAAAGAACACCAUUGCUUCUCUUCUAAUCAGUUAUUUGUAUUAUCUUGUUUUUUCACUAGCUAAAUGACAAGAAGAUCUAUAUACAUAAGCUUCUCUCUGACUAAAAAAAAUUGUCAGGACCAGAUAACACAAACACACAAAAUUGGAUAGUUCAUAAGUUCAUAAAGUAUGCCAUUUUCUGAUUGAACUUCUAUAUUUUCUUUGCAUUGGCAAUGCAUGUACUGUUUUUGAAACGCCUGUACGAAUAUAAUAUGGAAAAUAACCCGUCUUGAAAAAAACUUGAUCAAACUGUUCCUCACACUUGUCUCAAUUAACCCUGUGUGCUCGAUAGAAAACAAAAUACCAUGGUUAUUGAGUGUGUCAGGUUACAUGAGCCCACCAGGCUUGCCCCUGCAUGGGGUGGUGCUCACACUGUUGGUAUCGAGAUGCAUCAUAAGCACAUUACCUCUAGGCUAAUGUGUCUUAAUUCCCAUUCAGUUGAAUUGAGUUGGAGCCAUAUUUGACUCAUGACCUUGAAAACUGAACACAUUUAAUUUUGAAGGACACAGUUGAAUUUGGUCAAAUUGUGCCAAAAAUUGUUCUUUUUCCCCCAGCCAUGAAGAAAAAUCUGGCUGGUCACAACUUGUUCAAAUAAAUUUUAGAACUUUCUUGAAUCUAGUUGUUUGAAAAUGGGUCUCGACCAGUGUACUGUCAGUGUCCUUGAUUUUCUUCAAUUUUUUGCUUUAUAGGUUUAAUUUAUGGUUGUGUGUCAAACACAUUUGAUGUUAUCUGGGCCAGACAUUUUACAAGAUGGGUGAAAGAUUGGAUGAGUACGUUUUGUUUGAAUAUAGUGGGUGAUGCAACUGAAAGAGAGUUCUGAUGAAAUGACUAUUUUUGCAAGUACUCUAUGAAUAACAAUAAUUUCAAAUAUAUCUCGAGCCUUGUCAAGUGUGCAUUCUCAUUGAUAUGAAUUAUAUGAAUUACUUUGUGUUGAAGGGUUGGCUGUUAAAUCAUGUGGAGUUGAGUAUGAAGAAAUAAAUUGAUGAACUUCCUAUC